ACGGCCGCUGGCCGGCAUCAGUCCGCCAGCGACCUCCGAGCGAGCACAGCCAGCCAGCUCUCGUGUGCACUCUCUGCCCCGCCGAGCCAAACCCGUGUGUUGUUUGCGUGUUUUCGUGCCGCUCUCGCCGGCCUACACCAAGACCCGCCCCGCCCCCUUCGCGCCGGGACUACCACCCCUUUCUUCAGCUCUUUCAAGCUCCAGACAACAACAACAGCAAGAUGGAGGCGCAAAAAGCGACCGUGGUGUGCGCCGCCCUGUUCGUCCUGCUCGCCGCAUGCGCCGAGGCCGCCGUGCCGCUGAGCUCCAGGACGACCUGCACCGACCCCGAGACCAACAAGGUCCACUCCCUGGACGAGACCUGGUUCACCACCGGUGAGCGCGGCUGCAUGCGACUCACCUGCGACGGCGAGGACACCAUCAGCGGACUCACGUGUGCGCAGUUCCAAGUGCCGUCCUGGUGCUCCGUGAAGCCCGGCAACCGCAAGGCCGUGUACCCCGACUGCUGCCCGACGCCGGUGUGCCCCGAGGAGAACGCCAUCGAGGGCAGUAGCGCCAGCACCAAGGCGGCGCACAAGGGGGACUUCGGCGGCUACCCGUACCCCCCUGCCUACUGAGAAGCCUGCCAAGACGGACGGCCAACGCCAACCAGGGCAGGCCCACCACGGCCCCGGUGACCGACUCCAAUGGAACAAGCCCGUCGGCAAGUCAGUCGGCAAGCCAGUAGGCAAGCCAGUCAGCAAGCCAGUUAGCCAGUGAGAGGACGACGGCGGCCUCAAGGCGCACCGAGUCCAAGGUCCGGGAUCUGUCCAGACGCGCGAAGCGUGUGACGUCACGUCACGUGUACGUCACUCGGACGUCGCGUGGACGUCACGCGCGCAGCGCUGUGACUACUGUUGUGAUAGUGGCACGCCACGGCACGCCAGCCGCGGAUCUGCCACGACCCCAAUGUGAUAGCUUCGAACCGGAUGCGUCCCUGCCCCAGUCAGCGACGUUGUGACGUUGUACAAGCCAAAGAGACUCCCCUUAUUUAUGAAGACGUUUUCUGUGUGUGAAUCAGUGUGUGAGUGCGGAGGUGGUGUGAAUCGGUGUGAGAAUGAGAGCAAGAGCGACCUCGUGGCCAAAACCCUCGAGUUUAUCGUGUGACUGAAUUUAUUUAAUUUAAUAAAAUAUUAAUUUCGUGAAA